GCUAUUAACCGAAUACAUUACAGUCAACGUCUCCCACGGGUUUGCAAAGGGGGAAAGACUAUACUUGCAUUAGCAACAAACAAUUCGAUGUAAAUCAUCAUUAUGGAUUGGAGAUCCCACCGCUUUCUUGUGAAAUACAGCUGCUUUUUGUGAGCUACACAGGGAAAGGGUUGAAGCAAAACUGCUAUGCCUAAUGUAAUCCUUUAAUCUGGUGAAGCUAGCCCGGAACUCAGGGGCGCCCCUGAACUAUCCCAGUGGACCAAGGAUUGGGGUGCCGGCAAGGGGAUGUGGAGCAUACUGCGGAGAAGCUGAAUUGUUGCCCGGACUUUUCAUUGCCACAAUGUCGAGCGCAACCCUAAUAAUCUCGGAGGAGAAUCUGGUCGAGAUGCGUGGACUACGAAGUAGCAUCACCAGUCAUGAAAUGGACUUUGUGUAUUGCCUGAGCGCGUAAAUCAAGCGCUUCUGCGGCACCAAACCAGGGAUAGAUGAUCUAUGAUGUUUAGUGGAUAUGCGGUUUCAAGACUUUCAUCCUCCCACAAAAAGGUCUCUGGAUCCAAAUGUCAAGUCCAAGGGAGGCAAAAUCUCUCUGGGCCCAGCAGCUAGUGACGUGACAGAGAGAGAGGGAGAGCGAAAGAAAGACAGUAAGACGAAGAAAGGGUCUUUCCAAUGAUAACCCCAGAUCUAGCUUGCAUUGGUCUGAGUUAUCUGCCAUUUUAAAUAUCCUCCAACCCCAAUCCCACAACUGCAAAAAGAAGGAAAAAUGUGAUGAGCGUUGCUAUUGUCCCUUAUACGAGCGUGGAUGGACGCCGAUGAAGGAGGCACGUUGUUUAAUGAGACCAUUGCUCUUGUGCUGGGAGGCUUGGGACAGCCAAUUACAGAAGGAUUACCAGUAGCCUCCUCCAACGACAGUGGACAUUUACAGGCAAAUUGAACGAAGCAACCCUAUAAGCACACUGGGGAAAGUCAAAGAACCCUCCUGUGUGGAUUGCUACUUGUUUUAAAGCGUCCUCUUUAAAUCAAAGGAGGUGGUUUUGUUAAUUGCUUUUCUGAAAAGACUCUCAACUUGCCUUUCACAAUGGAGAUACAAUUGCGAUUGUGGAAUAAAGACUGGGCCUCUUUUCUCAGGCCAUGGAUACCCAUACUGCUAGGCCUCCACCUUCAAUUCUCCCGGGCCUCCAACUGCCCCGAGGAGUGUCGCUGCGACCGUACCUUUGUUUACUGCAACGAGAGGAGCUUGACUUCUGUGCCUCUGGGGAUCGGCGAGGGCUACAAGACCCUCUACCUCCACAACAACCAAAUCAACAAUGCUGGCUUUCCUCUGGACCUUCACCACGUCGCCUCCGUGGAGAACGUGUACCUCUAUGGCAACCAGCUGGAUGAGUUCCCCAUUAACCUGCCCAAGAAUGUGCGGGUGCUCCACCUCCAGGAAAACAACAUCCAGACCAUCUCACGAGCAGCUCUGGCACAGCUGCUGUGGCUGGAAGAGCUACACCUGGAUGACAACUCUAUAUCGACCGUAGGGGUGGAGGAAGGGGCGUUCCGGGAGGCCGUGAGCCUUAAGAUGCUUUUCCUCACCAAGAACCACCUGAGCAGCGUGCCCAUUGGUCUCCCUGAGGACCUGAAGGAACUGCGAUUGGACGAGAACCGUAUUGCUGUUAUUGCCGAGGAGGCGUUCAGGAAUGUUACUCGCCUAGAGCGCCUCCUGUUGGACGGGAACCUUCUGACAGAUGAGGGCAUUGCCCCCGGAACCUUUCAGGACUUGACGACCCUUCGCGAGCUCUCUUUGGCCCGUAACUCCCUUACAUACCCGCCCUCACUGCUCCCGGGCGAGGUCCUGGCGAAGCUGAAUUUCCAGGAGAAUCAGAUGAAUAAGAUCCCUGUGGCGGCGUUUUCGGGGUUAAGAAAGCUGGAGAGGCUGGAUAUCUCCAGCAACCAGCUGCAGUCGCUGACACAGGGGGUCUUUGACGGUCUCAUCAGCCUGAGACAGCUCACUGUUCGGAACAACCUUUGGCUGUGUGACUGCAGCAUUAAAUGGGUGGUAGUGUGGUUAAAGUCCUUGCCAGCCUCGCUCAACGUGCGCGGUUUCAUGUGCCAAAAGCCAGAGAGGGUCCGGGGGAUGGUGAUCAGGGAGCUCAACGACGAGCUCAUCCAGUGCCCCCACAGCACGCCGGCGGCACCGUUGCCCACCCACCUGCCCACCUCCGCAGGGCACAGCACCCUCUCCAAUGCCCCCUCAACAUCGGAACACCCCACAGCUACUCAAUUACCUGAUAACACCUCCAAAAAACCCUCCCCCCCGGCACAAACACCCCUACUGCCCACCUACCCACCCAAAGAUAGGGAACAUAGAACUAAGAAGCCCCUGGACCCUCGAAGGGAGACGCUGCAAGUCACCUUCGCUGUCCUCAAUGGCUCUGCGAUCCAUGUCAGCUGGAUGGCGGCCUUCCCCGUCACGGCCUACAAGGUCACGUGGGCAAGGAUGGGACCCAGUCUCAACGGGGACACGGUUCGGGAGAGGAUGGUGGGUGGGGAGCACCGGGGCAUCCGACUGGCUAACCUGGAGCCUAAGUCCACCUAUCGCAUCUGUGUCAUCCCACUGGAUGCUUUCAAUAACUACCGUCCCAAAGAUGACACAGUGUGCACAGAGGCUAUCACCACACCAGCUUCCUUCAACCCUAAUAACAAAGGACCGUCCGGUCCGGAGCAGGCCACACAACAGGACCCCAGCUCUCCCUUCUUACUAGCUGGUCUCAUCGGUGGGGCAGUGAUUGUAGUCCUUGUGCUGCUACUAAGCAUAUUCUGCUGGCACAUGCACAAGACAGGCAGGUCAUCCUCCACCAACUGGAAAUACAACCGAGGCAGAAGAAAAGACGAUUACUGCGAAGCGGGCACCAAAAAAGAUAACUCCAUCUUGGAAAUGACUGAGACCAGCUUCCAGAUUGUCUCGCUUAACAAUGAGCAGCUCCUCAAGGGAGAUUUUCGCAUCCAGCCUAUUUACACCCCUAAUGGGGGCAUAGGCUUCAGAGACUGCCCCCUGGGGAACAACAGCACAGUGUACUGCAAGAAUAAUGUUCAGGAUGCAGACUUUUGCCGUACUUGAUGGUUUUGGAUAAAGAAAAAAGACUAGAGAAACCUUUGUAUUAAGAAAUAUCCUACACUUACAGGACAUUGUACAGUAUAUAUUUCAAAGACCUCUGUCAACAAUGUAAUUUAUACAACGGCUGGACAAUAAUAUUGGAUUCAGCAACGCUUUUUUUAUAUUCUUUAGUACAAUCUUGAGUUAUUUGUAAGUUAUUGGUGUUUCUCAAAGUUGUGCUACUGUACUAAGUUCUGUUUGGGCAGACUUGUACAAUCAGAACGCAAUCAUUAGCAUAUUCAAGAUGUUAGGUUUGUAUGUGAUUGCUACAGAUAUCAGGCUAUUUGAAGUCACAGAUAGCAAGUGUAAAAACAAAUUAGAUGUACUACACAUGUGAAAUAACCCACAUGAAUAGUAGCCAUAAGACAUGAUGCACAAUUUGGCCAUGAGAAUACAAAUUUAGAAAGGGUUUUCUGUAAAAUGGGUGGAGGUGGAAAGAAAGAGAAACUGCUUAUAAAUUGCACCACAAGAGAGCAGAGUUUUGCAAACUUUAAUACAUCAAGUAGCUGUGGCUAUGCAGUUAUGCUGCAAUGGCAAUUUAUACAUGAAAGUUUUAGCUGAAUUCCUGAUACAAGUAUUACAUUUAAACAAGUAAAUAUUUUUUAUUUGUCCAGUGAUAACUUAUGUCUGAUAAACAAUUGACAAGGUUCAAAUAUGACACUUACUGUUUAUUGUGGAUUUGGGCUAUUUACAUAAUUUAUUGAUUAAAGUAUUUUUUUCUGGAUUAUACACAGGUCACAUGUUUGCUUUCCAAACUAGAAAUACAGUUUAAUAACUACAGUAUGUGUUUUGUGAUAGUUGAGUUUGAACCAUGAGUGUAACUUGUAGGGGAAUAUACUGUAACAAGCACAUCUGACACCUAUUCAGCAGAAUGGGAACCAAUUAUUUUAGAUUUUAAUCAGCAGAAAAUAAGGUUAUGGUAAUACAGUAUAUGUGCCUUGAAAUGAUCAGCUUACAAUGUAAAGUCUUUUGAAUCUAUGUUUUUGCACAAACGUGUACUGUAUAUAUACAAUUGAAUUGUUGUUGAACAAAAAAUUAUGACAUUGUACUUCAUUAUUACUUAAAUUACACUCGUUCCUUGUUUUAUAAAUCACACUUAUGAUCCAUAUUAACUGGAUCCCAGAUUGGACAUGGUUAAUAAUUACAUCCCCUUUCCACAUUUACAAAACAUAUAUGUCGCACAUUCUAUCCGUGAGAUGUUCAAUUGCACUCGAUGUAGGCCUACAUUUGUCCACUUAAGAGGUUACUUUGUUUUAUCUAUUUUUAUUAUUUUCUUUUUUUCAGGUCAGUGUGCCCCUGAACUGUCCUCAAUACUGUGGACUGUCGAGGGCUUGUAGAUGUCCAGGACAUUGCGGAAAUAUUUUGGACAUUAGUUUUGUGCUGUGUACAUAUAGUCCAUAGUUCCAUGGUGAGGAAGGAAAUAAAGGUUGUGUAACGUACAACAACAGUUGUAUAGUAAUAAUACGCAAUUUCUGACCUUUGCCCUCCACUGUGAUAUACAAAAACAGUUGUAACAGCAAUUGACCAC